CCAAUCCCAGGAGCCCCGAGAGGCCCGGCCAAAUAUUUAUAAAGAGGCGGAGCGGGAUCCCUUUGCGCACACUCGACACACUCGACACACUCAGUGAUUCCGUGAGUCAGAGCAGACUGCAGGCAUCGGGUCACCAACACCAUCACAGCUGCUGGGUUCGGCUGCUACUUUUACAUGAUAACAUCGUACCUCAUAUGACACAACAACAACAACAACAACAACAGCAUCAUGAAGUUCUUCCUCUCUGUUACUGUUCUGACAAUGUGCGGCUUUACUGGACACAGCAGUGUAAAUGCGGGCCUGUGCUGGCUGCAGCAGAGCCGUGAGCCGCGCUGCGCCGUGGUGCUGCUGCGGACAGUCAGCUACGAGGAGUGCUGCGGCGGGAGCGGCGUGGAGCGCGCCUGGUCCAACAGCAGCGUGUCCCUCGGCACCGUCAGCCUGCUCUCCCUGCUGGGCAUGGUGGCCUGCAGGCCCUGCAAAGAGACGUGCGAGGGUGUGAGCUGCGGUCCGGCGAAGGUGUGUAAGAUGAAGGGCGGCCGUCCGCAGUGCGUGUGCUCGCCGGACUGCCCCGAGGAGACCCGCGGCCGGGCCGUGUGCGGCACCGACGGCAGAUCCUACGGUGACAAGUGUGCGCUCCUGCUGGCGCGCUGCCAGGGCCAGCCUGACCUCGACGUCAUGUACCAGGGCGAGUGUCAGAAGUCCUGCUCCACAGUGGUGUGUCCCGGCUCCAGCUCCUGUGUGACGGACCAGACGGGCAGCGCCUACUGCGUCACGUGCACCAGGGACCCGUGUCCGUCGCCCCCGGCGACGGAGUCGCCCGUCUGCGGCAACGACAACGUGACGUACGCCAGCGUGUGCCACCUGCGCAGGGCCACCUGCUUCCAGGGCCACUCCAUAGGCGUGCGUCAUUACGGCCCCUGCACGGGCGAGUCCGGGGGGCCCUCGAGGUCAUCGCCGCGCCCAGCGUUCCCGCGCUCCGAUUGGACCGCCGCGCUGAGGAGCGCCGCCGACAAGGAGCACCCGGGGGAAGCGCCGUAGCCCCGCGGGGGCGCUCUGCGCAGGGGGCGCAACUCGGGCGUUCGGUCCAGCCGGGCGCCGCCGUUCCGAGAGUUCGGCACAGCCCAAGCGCAGCUCCAGUGAGCGCAUCGAUGCCGCGUAUCAAUUAAAGUGGUUUUUUAUUCACUUUUUCUUUGCUCUUCGGAAGCAUCUCACCGGUUCAGUCCGAGAUGGACGUGUCGCUCACGUCCCUCACACGUUGUCCAACUGCAGGUGCGACACAGUUUCGUACAAUUUCGCUCUUCCUCAGCGGUGCCACUAACAGCCUUUGUCUCACUUAACGAGAUCGUUGCUGGAAUUUCUACAAGCAUUUUGUGUUGAUUCAGAGUUUGUUGAACUUCUGAUUCUGAACUCAAUUAACAAUGGUAAAUUUCAUUUAUUGUAAAUAGUAGGAACAGUUGGAGUGUUUGAGGCACAGAUGUAACACCUGGUUUUUGUACAUUUGUAUGGACUUUUUAUAAAGACAAUAUAAAGACAUGUCAAGUCUUGUGUCGUGUCUCCAGUUUUGUCCCUUUGACCCCGAAGUGCUGUCCAUGGCGGACAAUCUGCGUGCUGAGCGCAAGUGAGGCGCCACAAUAGCGCCCCCCGGUGGAGCUGCGCACUCGCACGCUGCCCUGUCCCUGCAGGACGUGGCCCUCGGGUGGCCUCGCG